CUAAUAAUUAAUAUAUAAAAUGGAAAUUAAUCUUAUAAAUAAAAACUAUCUUGAAGAACAAAGAAAUGCUCUCGAAGAAUUGGAUAGAAUCCAACUAGAAAUAUCUAACAGAAUCCAAAGAAAUCCAGCUGUUUACGUUGGCUCAACUCAAAAUAUAGAUCAUGGUGUUUUAAAUCAAAAUAAUAAAAGGCCUGUAAAAGAAGUCCUACUCCAACAACACGAAAUUAAUUCAUUCAUUAAAAGAUACAAAAAAAAUUCAUUAUAUUUAAGCAAUUUUUAUCUCAAAAACUCAAAUGAUUUUCCCCAUCACAUUGAUUCAGAAUAUGAAAUUGAUAAAUUAAAUCAUCAAAUUUCCUUUAUAUCUGAUCCAAAUUACAGCUUUGAAAAUUUUGAUCUCCUUUACAGAAACAUUCAGAAAAAUUAUCUAUUCAACACUCAUUCUCAAGAUGGCAAUCACAACUUGUCAUUGCUAUUUUCAAUGGGUUCAUCAAAUUUAUCCAAAAAAGAUCUUCAAAAUACAAACAUAACAAAAGACAUUUUCAAAAAAAAUAUUGCAAAAUCAGAAAUUAAAAAAAAAAGUAUAUUAAGUGCUUUUAGUUCAGAUUUAUCUCUUGAUUCCAUUUUUUCUUUGGAAGAAAACUAUGGCAAAUAUCUUGAUUUAAUUCAAUUUCAUGAAAUUUUUUUAAAUCUACCGGGCCUAUCAAAUCAUUUCAAUGACGACGAAAGAUUUAGUAUAACAUAUCUAAAAUAUUUGGAAUUCUACUAUAAAGUUGAUAAAAAUACCUAUAACGACUAUUACAAAGCCAUUAAUAGACAUUCCCAUGAGUAUAUUGAUUAUAUUAACCAGUUAUCAGAUUAUUUGGUCAAGUUUAUAUUCAAAAUAAAACCAUUGUCAAAUCCAGACAGGAUAAUUAAAAAUUUAAAAAGUCAAUUUGAAGAAAAAUGGGUAAAGCAAAUAAACCAGAAUUCGUACAAUUCCAGUAGUAAUGAUAAUGGUGAUAAUAAUAAUAAUAAUAAUAACGAAAGCGAUAACAAAUUAUUUUGUAAACCUUGUAAUAAACUAUUUAGCAAGGAAACAGUUUUCAAUGGGCAUUUGAAUGGGAAAAAACAUAAGAAAAAUGUUCAAAAGCUCAAAGGCUCAAACAAUGCUCAGUUGAACGAAAUUGAAAAAGAAUUGUGUCUUGAAGAGUUUUUGAUAAACGAAAUCACUCAAUUGUUAGAAAGACAGCGUCAAGACACAAAAUUGAAUGUUGAAAGAAAACAGGCAUUAACCAAUAAAGAAAGGUUUGAAGAAAUAGAAGAUUUACUAAAAGAAGAUACUGUCGGUGAUAAUGAACUAAAAUUGUUUGAUUCUGAUUAUUUAAACGAAGAGCUGUUGGACAAAACAAAUGAGGAUAGUGAAUCUGAUGAAGAGAAUGUGCCCAAUCCACUUAACUUGCCGUUGGGAUUUGACGGGAAACCAAUACCAUAUUGGUUAUGGAAAUUGCAGGGACUUGACAGAGAAUUCAACUGCGAGAUUUGUGGGAAUUUGAAAUACAAAGGCAGAAAAGCAUUUGAAAAACAUUUUAUGGAAGCCAGACAUACCCAUGGGUUGAAGUGUCUUGGUAUCCAAAAACCAUCGUCGGUGUUUAAGGGUAUUACAAGCAUCGAUGAAGUGAGUAAGUUAUGGAGUAAAAUAAAAUACGAAAAUCGUAUUAAGGACUCACUUAAAGAAAAUACUGUUGAAGUUGAAGAUGAAGAAGGCAACGUUAUGACAGAGAAGGUGUACAAUGAUUUGAAAAAACAGGGGCUUAUUUAGUUAAUUAAAAUUCAAAAACUCUACAAGUGAAUGAAACAAUCAAGCGACUAUUAGCGUUGGUUGAUUGUUUUUGGUUUUAUUCAUUAGAACGUUUUCAAUAAAUGUGAUGCAAAACAGGAUUUAAUAUGGUAGAUUUAUAUGGAUGUGAUUAUUACUACAAACUUUUCUACAAUGGUUAAAAACUUUAGAAAAUCUGGUUGUUUUUUCUUCGGAGGUCUCUUUAAUUAGGACAAAACUGCUGUGGUGUACCAUGUCAUCAGGAAAUGUUUGUUAUUUCGCUGAUAUAUAGUUGAGUAGAAAAU